AUGAGUAACGAUAAAAAAACAAUUGAUGAAGAAACUAUACGUAUUAAAAAAUUAUUACAAGAUCAAGAAAAUGAAAUCAAAGAGGCAAAGGACAAUUAUGAAAAGUUGCUCAAAUUAUUUGAUAAUGUGAAAAGUAACGCAGCUGGUGUUAUUACUGAAAAAGUGCCUGAUAUCUUGAAGAAGGCACUCGAAGAUGCCAAUAUCGAUGAUGAUGUGAAAGAAACUGUAACUGAUAAAUUUGGAGAAGUGAUCACUAAAUUAAACGAAAAAGUUAAAGGUGUAGGAAUCGAAGAAGAAACAAAA